AAAAAAAAUCAAAAUGUCUGACGAUUGAACUUUGUACUUGUGCAAUAUUUGUACCACUGAGCUAUACUAUACACGGAAAUUGUACAAUUCUUUGUUGAAUCAAAAAAAUGAACAUCCCCUUGGCAGUACGACUUGCAUUUUCCAUCGCAGUUCCUCUACUUAUCGUAAAUCGUGGUUAUAAGAAAAAAUCGCUGAAUCUCAGUGGUGCGUUGUCUUCGCUGGUUGUUGGAUUUGUAUUGACUUUUACGAAUUUUUGCUUUUUCUCUGCCUUGCUUGCCUUUUUCGUGUCUGGCUCGUUCGUAACUAAACUGAAGGCAGACGUCAAACGCAAUAUUGAAUAUGACUUCAAAGAAGGUAAGUGAUGCUUCAAUUCAAAUAUAUAUUGGACUUGAAUUGAUUACUUUAUAUAAUAGUUGGAUAAUUUCUAUGCAAUUAUCAAAUAACAAUCGAUAAAAUCAGUAAUCGAUAAAAUCGAUAUUAUUACAAUGGGUAGGUUUGGUAUUGUCUUAGCCUGCUCAGCCUCUGCCUGACAACGGCCUGCGAGCAGGCUAGUAUUGUCUCAGAAACAGUGUUGUAAAAUUACCAAAACAAAGUAUAUAUAUUAUUUAUAUUAAUACAAAUCAAAAGUAGCUAAUUACCAUGCAGUUAAUACGAAGCACUUAUUAGUUUAUACGCCAUGGUUAUAGGUCCGACACCGGACCUUCUUGCUUCACAGCUAAAGGUCCGACGACGCUUUAAAAGCUAACACUAAACCACUAAACGGAACUCUAACCCUGAAAACUAACCCUAACCUAACCAAAAAUUGUAAAAACUUGCGAAAACCACGAAGAAAAAAAGUAUAAAAAAUUAAUAAAAUAGUGGAGCAAGCAGGAUUCAAUCCCAGGGCUUGGCGCAUGCAACAUGGGUACCUAAACCACAACACUAUGGAGGAUUCGCUUGAAAUUCAAUUAAAUUUACACGGUUUUAUAGUUAACAAGUUUAAUGAUUAAGGAAAUGUCGGACCCAUAACCACUUCCUACUAGUUAUUAGUGAGGCCCACCAAGGGGUUAUGGCCGACAGGCGACAUUCCUUACAAAGAGGUGACAGACCAAUCACAGCUUCUGACUGGAAAAAAGUGCAAUACAAAGCCGAAUUGAAUGCAAAGCCUAGCGUUGAUUACAAUUUGACUGAUUCUGUGAUAAAAAAAAACUUUAGUCAAGAUAAAUCUUUUUGUUAUGCAGGUGGCCAACGGAACUUGGUGCAAGUUGUUUGUAAUGGUGGAGUUGCAGUUGCUGCAUCAGUGUUGUAUCUUGUUGACGUUGGUUGUCGGGAACAACCUAUUGACUUUGCUCACGAGUUUAAUGCCUCGAUCUUCUCGGUGGCUGUUCUCGGCUCUAUAGCAUGUAGCAGUGGCGACACAUGGGCAUCAGAGAUCGGAUCGGUGUAUGGUACCAGUCCUCGUUUGAUAACGACUCUUCGUUUGGUACCAGUUGGUACUAAUGGUGGGGUUACGAUAGUCGGUACCAUUGCCAGUUUAGUAGGUGGUACCAUAGUUGGUGUUGCGUAUUAUGUUACCAUGGUUGCAAUAAUGACUUAUGACAUGACACUUGAUAAGUACCCAUCCCAGUGGCCUAUAGUUGUAACUGGACUGCUGGGUGGGCUAAUUGGAUCGUUAAUUGACUCAUUAAUUGGGGCAAAAUUACAAUAUUCCGGGUAUUGUGACGUUCAGAGACGGAUUGUACACGAGCCUUCGUCAACUACAAAGCAUAUUUGUGGACGAGCGAUCUUAAGUAAUCACGGUGUUAACUUUGUGUCUGCAUUACUAACAGGCUUUGUUAUGCCUGUUGUUGCUUACGUUGUCUGGAAAUAUGUUUAAAUUAUGAAAGGUGGUGGGUUUAAAUUAUAAAAGUGUGAGCAAUGAUUGAUGGAUGUUCUUUUAAUUACCAGUCAUGAUCUGGUGAUCAAAAUAUUCCAUUGUCUUUUUGAAAAUCCCAAUUGUGCAUUUUAGUGUAAUACCCAAAGCUGCAGAGCAAGACAAGUAAAAGGAUAAGUAGGGCACACUAUGACUCAGUGGGUUAAAUGGAGACAUUGACAGUUUUUUGGUUAAUUAAUGUACUUUUAAAAACAUUUUGUUUCCACAAUUUAUUGAUCUUCAACUUGUUACAUGCAGACUUGUUGCAAGUCUGUUGGCCUCGUCAACCUUGCAACAAGAUGAUAACGUGUUGCAGACUUGACAUACUGGGAACAAGCAGUGCGAACAUUUCUUGUUGACAAGUUCUGAGAUUUUUAUGCAUGUAAGCUUGUAUUUGGAAGCAUGUACACAAAAUUGAGACAAGUCACUGCUCUGAAGUAAUAUAAACUGAAAUAGAGGAUAUUACACAGCGACAUGAAGAUAUGACUUUUUAUCUUUGAGAAUCAAACCUACGACCUUUGGAAUACCAGCACUAACACAGAAAAAAUAGUUGAUAUCAAAGGAACUAGACUCAGUUCUGAAAAAUACCACAUACUCAAACCGACCUGACCGCAUAGCUCAGUUGGCAGAGCAUUGGGUUAGUAUUCCAAGUAGGUCGCAGGUUCGAUUUCCAUCAUGGCCAGGCAUAUUUUUCAAGCUUGCCCAGUGUGGAUAUACACUCAGAGUAACAACUCAAACAAUUAUUUUACAACCACAAAAGCUUGUUGGGCUAUUAUAUUAAGUAUAAAUUUUUUUAUACAUUGUCAACCAGUAUAGAAAACUGUUUAAAAUAACACACUAUCUAAAAACUAUUGAUGUAAACAAGACUAUAGUGUCAGUGAGUUUAAAAGCUUUCAUAUUGUUAAUAUUUGCUGAAUUUAAAAUUGCAUAUACAUGGUAGCUGGUUAUUUUUCAGCGGUUCUCAUGGUCCAAAGUAGGCAUAAUACUCCAACAGCCAGAACUGCAGCGACCGUAGACCAACUUGGCUCACUCAAUCGAAAAUCUGCCAGGAACCCAAGCUAAAAAAAUAAAAAUUAACAUUAAUUAUUAUGUAAAGUAUA